AUGGUUGACAAUAUAGAAUCAUCCUCUGCCGUUUGUGUGAAUGGCUACACGGUAAAGAACCUUAUCUGCAAGACUGAUGUAUAUCAAGCAUACGACGCCGUUGACUGUAAUGGUACGUGUUACGUCUUAAAGGUGAUCAUAAACCCACGCGGCUGUCCUAAAGAUAGUCCAAUUCCGGGACUCAUUGAUGCAUUCCCCGUGAGAACAGGGUGGUGUCAGGUCUAUCCUGCCCAUAGCUUUGAAGAUGAAGGCUCUGAUUAUUUUAGCUAUUGUUCGGAAUCAGACGAUAGUAAAUCUAAAUCAGAUGAUAGUUUGAAGCAGAAUAAUGAGCACACAAGAAGAAAAUCAAUACUUCUUCGUGAUGAGACUGUUGGUAAUAGCAGCCACAUGAAACCACAGUUUAUUGAGCCUAGCAUAAUUAACGAGAAUCAUAUGAAGAGGUUCCCCAGAACCCCAGUACCAAAAACCAUAAAUGAGCAUAUGCAUAAAAAAGAAAAUAAUAAUAUUCCUUUAAACCAAAAUAAUGACAUGAAAACCAGCGGCAUCGACCACAUCUUAGGGCAUCCGAUAGUAAGAACUCCGAUGCCUAAAACUGUUAGUAAGCUUCGAGGAACCGAGGAAGACGAUGAAACCACAGAAAGCGAAACAGAUUCGAGUAUGGCAUAUGACGAAUCAGACUCGCUAGAUGAUGAUACUGCAUAUGAUUUCUCAGCUUCCAAUAGUUUAUCGACAGCAGAAAUUGAACAUCACGUAGAGAAUUUAUCAAUUGGUAAUGAAAAACAAUUGCAUUUGAAAACGUAUCCAAUAUUGCAGCACGUAACUAUCACACCAACUCAUUAUAAGCAUGAACAUGUGCAUAUAAAGAGUCCAUUACAGACAGCAUUUCAUUCAAAUCGUCUUUCUACGAUACCAAAGACACCUAUACCAAUAAGCUUUGCUGAGGCAUCAAAAGUAAUAAAACCGAACUCCAUGGCACCUGAUCUAACAAAAACAAAUUCUACCGGGAAAGUUAAUUUCGAAUUAAAGAUGCUUCAAAGUUCAAUGUUGAAGAGAAGAAACUCUAAAUGCAGUUAA